ACAGCCUUCUUCACACCACAUCCCAGGAUUCCUGGCGAACCUGGACCAAAAGGGGAGAAAGGAGAUCAAGGAACGAGUGGAGAACCUGGAUUACCUGGGGUCCCAGGUGAACAAGGUGUCCCAGGACCUGCAGGAGUACAGGGCACAAAGGGACAGAAAGGAGCCCGAGGUGAAGCCGGAGCUCCUGGAGAGACUGGUGUGACUGGACCAGCAGGGCCUCCAGGUCCAAGAGGCUUGCCAGGAAAUGUGGGUGUGCCUGGUGACCCGGGACUACCAGGAAAGGAGGGAGCAAAGGGGGAGAAGGGUGAUCCUGGAAAAGAAGGAAAAGUGGGUUUACCUGGUCCAGCUGGUGAGCCAGGGCCUGCUGGAGUGCCAGGUUUGCCUGGUAAGGGUAAAGAUGGAGAACAGGGACAAAGAGGCCCACCAGGCUUGCCAGGACCCUUUGGACAUAAGGGUGAGAGGGGAGCUCCUGGUCUCCCUGGACAACCAGGAGACAGAGGUGUGCCAGGAAUCGGUCUGGCUGGACCCCCUGGCCCUGUGGGACCCCCAGGAGACAAAGGGUCAUUGGGUCCUCGUGGUGUACCUGGUAUCCCUGGACCACAGGGGCCUCCUGGCCAGGAUGGUCUACCUGGAAAUCCAGGGGAAAGGGGACCUCCUGGAAAACCAGGUUCCUCACCCCUGCUCUCUCCAGAGGACAUAAAUCUCUUAGUAAAGGACGUGUGCAGUGAAUGCCCUCCUGGCCCACCUGGGCUACCAGGCAUCCCAGGUUUCAAAGGUGAUAAAGGUCUCCGGGGACCACCAGGUAGAGAUGGACAGGAUGGGAAAAUGGGAAAUGCUGGUCCCAGAGGUCCUGCGGGCCCACCUGGGCUGGAUGGCCCAAAGGGUGCUAAAGGAGACCGUGGUAUGACUGGGGAUGCAGGAGAAAAAGGUGAACAGGGCCAUCCUGGAAUGCCUGGCUUCUCAGGGGCUCCUGGAAAUCCCGGUCCACCUGGACCAGAUGGGGCACCAGGACCAAUAGGACCAGCGGGAAACCCAGGAGACAUAGGUAAAGAUGGCCCUCCAGGUCCACAGGGCCCACCAGGGUUGCCUGGACUUCCAGGCCUUGCUGGGAAUGAUGGCAAAGAUGGCAAGCCAGGAUCUCUUGGGGAACCGGGAAAACCUGGAGAACCAGGGCUCCCAGGGCAGGAGGGUGCCAGGGGCUUACCGGGUUUCAAAGGACAGAGAGGAGAUACAGGUCCCCCAGGCCCACGGGGGGAGCCAGGUGCGACAGGUCCAGCUGGACGUGAGGGGCCACCAGGGAAGGAUGGUGAUACUGGCCCCAUAGGACCUCAGGGCCCUCGAGGACUCAGAGGGCAGCCGGGCAAGAAUGGAUCACCUGGAUCUGCAGGAGAACCUGGCCCAGCAGGUAACCCAGGUCCUAAAGGAAAUAAAGGAGAAAGUGGCAGCCCAGGACUCCCUGGCUUCAUAGGACCCCGAGGACCCCCUGGAGAACCCGGAGAGAAAGGUCCUCCCGGAAAAGAGGGUGCACCAGGGAAACCAGGUGAAAUUGGCUCCAAAGGAGAGAGGGGGGAACCUGGCAUCAAAGGCGAAAAAGGCCCUCCUGGAGAAAAGGGCCCUCCAGGUGAUCCUGGGAUACCUGGUCAUAAAGGCCAUCCAGGACUGAUGGGUCCUCAUGGCCCCCCAGGAGACACUGGGCAAGUUGGACCUCCCGGUCCCCCAGGACAGCCAGGAUUUCCAGGACCAAGGGGGGAACCCCCAUCUCUAGAGACUUUGAGAAGACUCAUCCAAGAGGAGUUAGACAAGCAGCUAGAUGCAAAGUUAGCCUAUCUCCUGGCUCAGAUACAGCCUGCACAAGUAAAAGCAUCCCAUGGCAGACCAGGUCCUCCUGGUCCUCCUGGGAAGGAAGGACUCCCAGGAAGAGCUGGCCCUCCGGGAGAGCCUGGCCGGCCUGGCCAGCCUGGGUCUGAAGGGGCAGCUGGACCAAUUGGUCCCAAAGGAGAAAGAGGAUCAAAGGGUGAGAAAGGAGAUACUGGCAUUGGCCAACGAGGGGAGAUAGGUCCUCCUGGAAUUCCAGGCCUCCCAGGGGAGCCUGGCUAUGCCAAAGAUGGGAUGCCAGGACCACCUGGCCCUCAAGGCGAAGCUGGGGUACCUGGUCUCAUGGGCCCGCAGGGACCUCCGGGAGCCAAUGGACAGUGUGACCCCACUCAGUGUGCUUACUAUGCAAGCCUGGCUGCCAGACCCGCCAACGUCAAAGGGCCCUAGCACACAGGGAGUAUCCCCAGACUUGUUUUUAAAACUUGAAUUCAUCACGCCAGCCGAGAGCUCUCAGAUGUGUUCAGCUGUGUUUCUUUCAUGGGAGGCCUUCUAAAGCCAACAAAUGCUGCCGGUCGGUCAGAUUAUUUUUAUGGAUUAUUAUUAUUAUUAUUAUUAUCUUUGAUGUGAUAUGUCAAUUUGUUUUCGUUUUCUCUAACAUCAGGGCAAAUUAAAACAUUAAAAAU